AUGGAAUAUUUACCCGACGAAUUAUUCUUAAUUAUCUUUUGUUAUUUAUCUAAACUUGAUAUUGUUUGUGCAUUCAAUAAUCUCAAUUAUCGUUUUCAACAAUUAACUAAUCCAUACCUGUUCAAUAUUGAUUUUACACAGAAAAAUAAUAUCAACUAUCGAACUAUCUAUUCAUUUAUCAACGAAAUUCUACCAUCACAAGGUCAUAAUAUUCGAAUUUUAACACUUCAAAUAGGCCAACAACAACGAUUAUUUCAAUCUCAUAUACAUCAAUUAACAAAUCUUACAUGUCUAACGUUAAAAUCAGAUGAAACUUACAAACUCAACUCUACUGAUGAGCUUUAUCAAUUUCUCGCAAAUAUUUUAUCUCUUAAAACUUUAAAUAAACUUUCAAUUUCCAAAGGAAGAAAAGCCCUUGAAAGCAAUAAACACUUUCGCAUCAUAUAA